GUCAAAGCCAGCAGGCAAGAAGGCAGAGUAUUUACCCAAGGUCCAUGUAAUAAAGCUUCAUUCAAAUCGCUGCCAUCCUGUGAGCCUUUAAUAGUAUGGCUACUCUCAGCCAAUCAGCGACAAGCCCGCAAAGAUCAAAGAGGAGAUUAACCAACCAGUGUUCCUCCAAAGAGUCAUCCUGACACGGAGCCGCUGAACGGACUAUAUAGUCAGAAACUCACCUUUGGAAGCAAAACAGCCAAGGCCUUUUAAUCUACUCACAGAAACACAGUUCCUCUCUGCUCUGAUUGACCUAAUGGCGACUGGUGCUGGUGAAUGUCCCAGCAGCAAGGCCGCACAGUACCGGGUGGAUCACCUCCUUAGUGCGGUGGAGAGUGAACUGCAGGCCGGCAGCGAGAAGGGAGACCCCAGCGAGAGGGACCUGAAAGUGACCCUUGAUGAGCUGCAGCUGUGGCAAAAAUUUAAGGACCUCACAAACGAGAUGAUCGUUACAAAGAACGGCAGGCGGAUGUUUCCAGUUCUGAAGGUAAACGUCUCUGGAUUGGACCCACAUGCCAUGUAUUCUUUCCUGCUGGACUUUAUAUCCGCGGACAACCACAGGUGGAAAUACGUUAAUGGAGAGUGGGUACCGGGAGGUAAACCUGAACCCCAGACCCCCAGCUGCGUGUACAUCCACCCGGAUUCUCCAAACUUCGGGGCCCACUGGAUGAAGGCUCCGGUCUCCUUCAGCAAAGUUAAACUCACCAAUAAACUGAACGGCGGAGGUCAGAUUAUGUUAAAUUCUUUGCACAAAUAUGAGCCACGUAUCCACAUCGUUAGGGUUGGAGGCCCUCGACGGAUGAUCACCAGCCACUCCUUUCCAGAGACACAGUUCAUUGCUGUAACAGCGUACCAAAAUGAAGAGAUAACGGCUCUAAAAAUAAAGUACAAUCCUUUUGCCAAAGCCUUUCUUGAUGCAAAAGAAAGGAAUGACAACAGAGACAUGAGGGAAGACAUAAAUGAGAAUCCACAGUCUGGCUACUCUCAGUUGGGCAGCUGGUUCAUUCAUGGCACAGGGACCCUCUGCACACCCACCAGUCCUCACAGUCAGUUUGGGAGUCCCAUGGCCCUCUCCCCCUCCCAUGGCUGUGAGCGUUUUUCCAGCCUGAGGAACCACCGCUCUGCCCCCUACAGCAGCCCGUACACCCACCGGACCAGCUCACCCACUGGCUACUCGGAUAACUCCUCAACAAGCUUGUCGAUGCUCCCGAGCCAUGAUAACUGGUCCAGUCUGCAGAUGCCGACUCAUUCCAGCAUGAUGCCCAUGGCCCACAAUUCCUCCUCGGGAGCCAACACAAGUCAGUACAGCAGCCUGUGGUCUGUGAGUAACUCCCCACUGACUCCAGUGUCUCAGGGUGGGGGGUUAAACAGCUGCCUGGGCUCCCAGUUCCUCCGAGGAUCAUCCAGCCACUAUCCCAGUCUGUCUCACUCUGCCACAGUGCCCCCCUCUGGCUCUCCCAUGUAUGACAGCAGCUCCGUCACAGAGGUGCAUGAUGCCACCCACUUUGAAUCCUCACCCCUCAGCCGGCUGCCCUCAGCUUGGACCCCUGUUUCCCCCCCAUCUCUUUGAUUAAAGUAUGUCAGGAUUAAUUUAAACCUUCUCCUACAGAUAUUUCAUCACUGAUUACUUUAAGGGGGCUUCCAGACUUUGAUUGGUGAAGUGCAUGUCAGGGUGUUAAACAGGUUUUAAUCUGCCUCUAAACAAAUCAAAGGCUGCGUUCAAACUGCAAGCCUUAAUGCUCAAUUCCGAUUUUUUUGGGAAAUCCGAUUUUUUUUUUUUUUUUUUGCAUUGCAGUUCACAUUUCCAAAUAUAUGCAACUUAUAUGUGAUCUCCUG